CGAGGUGCCCAACGCGAUUCGCUUUCGUCAGCAAUUGCAGCUGUAUCUUUUUUUCUCUCUCUCUUUUUUUAAGUGCUCACGGAUCGCUCGUCGCGUACGGUUCGCAGCGCGUUAAUUUUCUGCUUUGCGCAUAUUUCAAUUUAUGUCAAUUUCAAUAUAUAAAUCUCAAAAUAUGUCGCACGGGUUAAUUAGUUUCGUUUUCACUGCACCUUAUCAUCCACAUCGAAUGUAUAUAUAUAGCAGACCUUUAACUGAUUCACGCCACUUUUAAUUAUUGAAAUUGUAAACAAGCUGUUAAGAAAAACAAUAAACUAUUUCUGUUUUCCAUUAACAAAAUUUGCAGCACCAGAAAAUUUGUCUCGAUUCGUUCUUGACAGUGAAUAUAUAAAGACAGUGCAGUGCCCGGUCUUAACAUAGAUGGUAGGCAAUAAGUUCAACAAUUGCAAUUACAUGAUAAUUUCUUUUCGAGCUCGAUGCCAGAUAAUGUCAGCCAAAUAUCGCGGUAAAUGUGAUUUUUAACUGAAAUCGAAACGGCGCCCAUUCUAAAACACAAUAUUUAAUAUUUGCAUCCUAUUUAUUGAAACACGCAAUGGGUUUUUGUGAGCCCUUUCGCAUGCUGCGCCUAAUUAUCUAUUUAUAUACACUGUUCACAAUUUAAAAAUGAGUAUAUUGGUUUCUUCAACUACGAAAUUUGAUAAAUUUUGAAUAAACAUAAGCCCGUACCAUCUCCCAACAAAACGUUUUGCACGAGCAGGUUAAAUAUAUAAAUAUUCACUUACCAAAAUCUGAUUAGUUUUAUUCACGAAUAUUCUCUUCGACUUUGCACAAAAUGGCGCGCAGUCGGUUGCGGCCGCGCUUUCUGCUUCUUACUCCUUGAACACAUUGCGGUACAUUGGGCAAAUGCAAGCUAUGAUAAUUUAGCACAAAUGCAGCGCCAUGAGCUAGCUAUGCGAAUCCUAGAAAGUAUUAAUAUCCUUCACUCACAGCCGAUGCGCCAUUUCAAUCUGUGUGGGCCUUUAUCCUUACGCCCAUUAUUCACAAUUAGAAACUAUUUAAAAAACCGAAAAACUUAAAAUUGAGCCCGUCGUGUUGCAUUGUAAAAGCCGCGAUUAAGUCGUGAUUGAAUUUAUCGAUAGCUCGCCUCAAUUGCACGGAAUCGAUAGGCGCCGAUAGCGAUAUCCUGUUUUUAAACGAUAUUUAGGCGCUAACAAGAACUGGACGCAACAAACUUAUUCUUUUAGAUGCUCAACAUUUUAUAUUUAGCAUGGAAGAAGGGUUGAAUGAUUGCAGCAGAGUAUCUCCCAGUCUAGCAGAGCCGCUUAGAUAGUUUUGGCUCGUCUUUCCUGCAUCACUUUAAACUGUUUAUUGCUUCUUAUCGUUUCGGGAUUACAUGGCAGACGAAAAAAAAAACAAUAAUUAUGCCGCAAGCCAGCCAAAACAAAUAGUUGCAAUGGCUGACCAACGGCCGCUACUCGAGUACAUUCACGACGAGACAAAGGAUGGCAACGCAGAUGCCCCGGAGCCGGCCUUGACGGGCAUUGGCUUCAAGCACGGCGCCACGCCCUCGCUGGCCUGGUACGGCCGUCAAUUGGUGCUGCGCCGCAAGCUGAUCCUAGGCCUGUUGCUGAUAUUCAUAUUCUCGUAUUUCCUAAUCGGACCGGCCGAUGUGCUGGACCUGGAGGCCGUGCAGGUGCAUCAUCAUUCCAAUGUAUUGGACAUGGAAGCCUUCGAUUUGAACCCAACGCAACCGCUUUUAUUGACAACCAUUGAGCACACAACUAAUUCGAUGCAAUCAUCGAUAACCCCUAUGCCAAAAGGCUAUCUCGUGUACAGCAAUCACUGCCGGAUCGUGGACCUAGAUCCGUUCAAGCGCGAGGUGAUGCGCCAUUUCAAGCGCGUUUCCUACAAGCCCUGCCAGACACGCCCGCCACUCACCAGGGUGCACUAUGAUGGCACUGCGCAGCGCUAUGUCCUGAGCAUGGAAUCCACAGCUCUGGCCAGCUACAAAAAGGGCAGCGCCCUUAGCUGCUGCUAUAUGGGCGUGGAGCGUGCCAGUGAGACGGAUGUCAACUACACGUCUUGCCAGAAAUUUAAAGGUUCAGCUCAGCUGUCCAACAGCACGGACAGCAUCAUAGUCAAGUGUAAAUCGAACAAGGAGCGAGUCUACAUCAACGGACAUCCAACCGUACCGGAGCGCGUGGCCGUGCGAGAACGCCUGGAGCGCUGGGCGCACAAGGACCAAGGCCGGCGUGUGCCCAGCGUACUGAUGAUAGGCAUCGAUAGCAUCUCGCGAGUGAAUCUAAUACGUGCGAUGCCCAAGACAGCGCAGUAUUUGUACGACGAGGAUUGGUUUGAGCUGGCGGGCUACAACAAGAUAGAUGACAAUACAUUCCCCAACAUAAUGGCUCUAAUGGUGGGCUACAAUCUGACGAAUGCCAUGAAGCACUGUAAUCCCUACAAGGUGAAUGGCCUGGAUAAAUGCAAUUUCAUUUGGAAGCUGUUCCAAGAACAUGGCUAUGUGACUGCCUAUGGCGAGGAUGCAAUCAAGAUCAACACAUUCAAUUACCUGAAAAAGGGUUUCCAGCAACCGCCCGUGGACUACUACUUGCGUCCGUAUUUGUCCGCCGCAGAGAAGCUACUCGGCGGCAAUAUAGUCCUUGGUCUGCCGCACUGCGUGGGCUUUGAGACGGAGGCGGAGCAUGUGUACAACUAUGCGCAGGAGUUUGCCAAACGUUAUCGUAACGACAGCUUCUUCGGCUUCUUCUGGACGAACACGCACAGCCACAGCGACAUCUCGCAGACCAGCUCUAUGGAUGACUACUUGCGGGGAUAUCUGCAACGGCUGGUGGCGCAGGGCACAAUGGAGCACAGCAUUGUGGUGUUUUUCAGCGAUCAUGGCCUGCGCUUUGGACCGACGCGUGCCACCUGGUCGGGUCACUUGGAGGAGCGGCUGCCUUUUCUGUUUAUCUGGCUGCCGCCAUUUGUGCGGAAGGCGCAUCCGGAGUUUGUCGAAGCGCUGCGCCAGAAUCGCAAUCGUCUGACCACGCCCUACGAUCUGCACAUGACACUUAAGCACAUACUCGCGCUUUCGGGUCGCUCCGGCAGCCUGGAGUCGCUGGGCGGCGCCAAGGAUUGCCCGCAGUGCCAAAGUCUGUUGCUGCCAGUGCCGCUUAAUCGCAGCUGUCAGGAUGUGGCCAUUGAGGAUCACUGGUGCACAUGCUGGGCGUAUGAUAGCGUCUACAAGAACUCCAAGACAGUGCGUCAGCUGGCCAAGCGUGUGGUGCACUAUCUGAACGAUUAUGUCAACAAUUUUCGUAAUGGCAGCCUGGCCCAUCUGUGCGUCCCGCUGUCGCUGCAGAGCGUAAGCGCCGCUUACAAGGCGCAUCCGAAAGACAUCGAUGCCGGCCAUAUACAGAUCUAUUGGCUAAUCUUCUAUACCGCGCCCAAUAAGGCGCUGUACGAGGCAACGGUGCGCUACAACAGCCAACUGCCCGAGGAGGACAACCUGCUGGUGACCGGCUCUGUGAGUCGCCUCAACACGUACAGCGGGGAGGCCGAUUGCAUGAACGAUUUUGCAAUCAAGAAGUAUUGCUAUUGCCGUCACAAGGGCGCUUGAUUCAAAUCGAUUAUAUGGGACUCAUAUAUUAUUUAGAUUGCUUAGUCUUAAGCCCCCAAGUGCCGUUAAUAGUAGUUGUUGUAGGGCUAAGCAAAAGUAGAUGUUUAACUCUCCCUCUAAGUAGCCGCCGUGUGGGCGUUAACACCUCGACUCGGGAACAUUUCCAGAGCAGCAACGUGAUAAUAUUUAUUUAACAAGUGUAAAUAAUCUUUUUAUUUACACAAUAUGUUAGAUUAGCAUUGAAAAUGCAAAGAAUAGACGCGACUUGGGAAUAUAGCGACAUCUUCUGUGUGGGUGUAGCCAACUUUUCAAAUCGUCUUCCUAGAUAGAAGCAUGGCAUCUAUCCCUAAAUUGUCUAGAAUACAAUCUUCGAAAUUGUUAUUGCUAAUUUAAAUCAGCAUGACUUUCAUAUGAAAUGUCAACGGUUACAAAUCUCAAUCUAGAUUCCUUAACUAGAGUUAGGGCAUCUUUUGUUCUGGCAUAGCUUUACUGGCAUAUCGAAUUAGACUAGUCAUAGUCUAUAGAUUACGUCUAUGUCACCCAAUACCUAGUUCGGAUAGCAUGGAUUUUCCUCGGGAAGGCAAAGUUUCGAAUGCUAUGCUUUAUCCUGUUCUCAGAUAUUGUUCUAGAUAAAAGCAAUUCCUUGCUCGAGCAACGCUAGAAUCUGGAUUAACUGGACAGGAUUGUUAGUUAUGCUGCCCUUUAAGUUCGUUUCAGGAACCGAGGAGGGAUAGGCAACCUUCCUUUCUUCACAUAGGUUAUAGUUGUAGUUGCUUUCACCUCUUUCAAAUAUAUUUCAAUUCUUCUGGAGAAGCAUCAGAAACAUUCGAUUAUGUCUGUAUCAUAAACUAGAGCUUGGAAAUUUGCUAUGUAGACUCAAAGAAAAAAUCCAAAAAUCCUAAUUAAAUGGAAAAUAGAAAAUCAAAUUCGCAAUGUAAAUAAUAUAAUAUAUAUUCUUUAGCUUACUUCUAACGUUCUUUAUGUAUAUAUACUCGAUUUCCAAUAUACUUAGAAACCCAAACAAACAACGAAUGCCAAGAUUUCAAUUAAUAUUGUAUAAUCAAGUAUUAUUUAAGUUUGCAUUAAAAAAUAUACAGCUACAUUUUACAUAUAAACUUAUGUAAUUAAAAAAUAUUUAUGACAAGUUUUUUUCAUAGAUAC